AUGGAAGCCUGCCUCAUCACCAUGGAACAUCAGAACAUCACACUGGCGGCCUUCUUCGUCACCGCAGAAGCCCUGCAUUUCGGCGUGGUGGCCCCCCACACCACCCUAGAGGCCGUCCUCUGCAUCAUCUCAGAACUCCCCCAAGGCAUCCAAGAAACCCUUUGUCCCACCCUGGAGGCCGUUUUGGUCAUCCCAGAGUUUCCCAGUCCCGAUUUCCAGAGAAACAGGAGUGAUCCAGGCCUUCGCUUCAGGUCCCGUUCACCUAUCAACAGGUCAGAAUUCCAUGACUCGAUGGAUGGAGGAUAUGCAAACCCUGAAGACCGGCUUUACUCCCCCAAAGUGGACAUUCCUCCCCAUGAGGAAGAGUUUUUCAUCCAGGCACAGCAAGAACGCUUCAUGCUGGAAAUGGAAGUUGAGCGGCAACGGCAACGUCCUCAAGGAUCGUCCCUUCUGGUACAGCAACUUGAUGAUACUCGCUCCAUAAGAGAGGUCAGGCAUCGAAGUACAUCUCCUGACUUUCAGUACAGGACUGUAAUUGCUGGGGACUUCAGUGAGAAGGUUCUCAUCACCAUCCAUCAAGAUGUUCCCAAGAAACCAAUUAAAGAUCAUGACAAAAGCAAAGUUGGAGAAAGUUGGAGUUCCUCCAAGUCUGCAUUCUGUCCAAACUGUGAUGCCCAUUUUGAGAGCAAUGGGGAAAUGCAAAAUCAUUUGCAAUGGUGUUCCACAGUGAAGGCCAAGGUGGCCAAGAAAUCUCCUACUCCUAAGUCAAGCAAGCCCCGCUUUGAGGAGAGGCAUGGGUCUCAUGAAGAAUCAAGAGGUCCCAAGAAGCUUAUUGUUGAGUUGAAACCAGAUCUCUCUAAAGAUUAUUCUCAACAGGAUUGCCAUCAACAUCAUGAGAAGCUGUGUUCAAGAUCAUCUCAAGCAAGUAAGACAGGGGGAAAAUCCACACUUAAAAAAGGAAAGCCAGGGAAGACUGAAGCAAAGCCAGGAAGAUCUCUAGUUCAGAGUAAACAUGAGGAAACUAAGAAGCUGACCUGUGAUUCAAAAGAAGGCGGGUCAGGAAAUCCUCGUGCUUUAUUUCGUAAUGAGAAGAUACUGCCUAAGGAAGGCUGUGCCUUGCAACCGAGCAAAGAGAAACAGGUUCUUUCAACUUUGAGUGCUAAAAAAUAUUCAUCUGGAGAGGAUUUGGGAAGAGUGGAUAGGAGCUCAUCUGUCUCACAUCGCAUCAUAGGUGCUUCUAAAGAGGCUGAACUUCAUGGAAAAGCGAUUGCUGAUGUGCAACUUCAAGGAAGACAUGACAGUAAGCAGCCUCAUGGAAGACUAAAUGAUGACCCAUCUGGCAGAAGAAUGAAUGCUGAUAAGCCUCACAGGAUACCUGGCAUCAAUAAGCGGCUUCACAAUAGACCAGAUCUCAAUAAACGGGCUUUACCUCCAUCAGUUCAUGGUGCUGAGCCUGCUUGGAAACCUGUGACUCCAAGUGACUCCUUGAUUCCAUUUCGUGAGCCAUUUGGCCUUUCAGAUGAGGCACACCACCUUGGCAAUACUACAUUCAAGCAUGAUUAUAAACAAGAAGAGCCAGCAAAGUCAAACACACAUAAGUACAAGCAGGAGCCGCAACAUCUUCUCGAGAAGUCUCAUCUUAGGGUGUCACACGUGAAGCCUGAAGCAAUGCCGAGACAGCCUCGUACCUAUGAAGGAAGAAGUGUGAUGAAAAAGUCCUUCAAUGAAGCUGGUUUAGAGUCUCGUCAAAGGCCACCAGUUGUCAAGCUUGAAGAAGUUUCAAAAUACUCCCGUGUCUAUGAACCAACCAGUGUCACAGAACCCCCAUUUCAAAUUGGGGAAGCAUGGCGUCCACCUUUUUCCAAAGAAGGCCACACAUCAACACGGAUUGAGACCAUACCUCUGGGAAGUCUGCCUGGAGUACCAUUGAGGAAAGAAGCUGGAAGGAGAUCCAAGAUAGUCACUGACCCUCUUUUGCUUCCCAAGGAAGAGAGUUACCGUAAUUUUGAGGAACGCCAAGUGAUGCCACAGAGAAGCUACAUAGGUGAUAUAACUGGGAAGGUGGCACAUGGUCGCUCAGGGAACUGGUCCACUUCUAGUCACCACAGCUCAUUGGAGACUCUCUCCAAAGAAGAAGAAGCAAAGAGCAUCCAAUGCUCCUACUGCCAAGAAGUGAUCCAUGGGCCAGGGAAUCUCCUUGGAAGGAUCUACUACAAUCAUCUCAUGAAGCAUGUAUCAUCCCGUGGGGGACAACCCUUGCCAGAACUCAGUCACGUUCUCCUUUGCACUCUGAUAGAGAAAAUUCAAGAGGUGAUUCUUUUCGGGGAGUGGAUCGAGACUCAUCAAGAGGCAGGCAUCUUGCUGUCAACAGAAUACCCUGUUCUCAAAAGAGUCUUGAAACCAGAGAUUAUGGGAGACGACUUGAGAGGUCGAGGUCACCUGGCAGAAUUUACAGAAGUAGGUGUGGCUCCUCCACCACAACUAGAGGGAUCCUUGGGAGUCAAUUUCAUGAACCUCUCAAACAUGGAAGGCCAAGCCUUGAAUACAUGCAAUAGCCAAAAACAACCAAUGGACUCAAGGAUGAUGAUGGCUGAGAAAAGGAAGCGUAUAAAGAAAACAAGAUGGGAACCAGAAGGGGAGAUUUCAGGCAAGACGCAAGUAGGUAAAUUCAAUGGCCCGCCUCCUUGUAAGCUUCAGCCUGAUUUCUCCCGCCGUGAUCGUGAUCGUUCGAUGAAUCGCUCCUCUCGAAACAGAAGCCCCUUCAUAGAUAAACCCUCAGAGGAUAAAAUAUCCCAAAGUCCUUGCACCUUGCAGGAUGAUCAACUCAGAGAUCAUUCAUCCCACCAGGCCAAUUCAGUAUCACGUCAUGGUGAUACUCUUUCAUCUGGAGGCUGUAAUUCUCCCUUGAGGAAUUCUGGAGAAGAUAGCUGUAGAGAACAGGGCCAAGACCACUCUUCCUCAAGAAAUGGUACUAUAACACACCAUGAAGAUAACUGUACAACUGGGAACCAGGGUUCACUCAUUGACCCCUCUCAAGAUGUGCACGCAAGAGGUGAGCAGACUCCUCACAUCUCUUCAGAUGAUAAGUCCAGUGAAUUUCAUUCCUCACAAGAUGACAAAUUAUUUCACCAUGGGGGUGAUGAUCAUUCAUCAGAAACCCAUCCCUUGUCCAUGGACCCCUCUCAGGAUGAGCAUUCAGGUGGUGUACACCCCCAGGGUCUUGGUGUCUCUAAUGAUGAUCAAUCCAGAGAUCAUAAUUUGUCCCUGGAUGAUCAACCAUUGUCCCAAAGUGAGAGUAAUGCAGGGAGAAGUCAUCAUUCAUCUCUCUCCCACACUUCACAAGCCUCUAGAGAUACAUUCUCAGCAGGCAAACAAUCUCGAGAUUAUAAUUCAUUAGGAGAUCUUUCAGAUCAAUCUUUGCGGGAAAAUGGCUUCCCCAAUCGUGUUGGCAAUCGUAUAGGCCUAUUGGGAAACCACCCUUCAGAUGUCAUCCAUGCUGCACGUGAUGGCAGUCGUGUAGGCCUGUUGGGUAACCAUCCUUCACCCCUUGCCAAUGCUCCAUAUGGUGGUAAUCGUGUAGGUCUAUUGGGAAGCCACCCUUCCCCUCGUACUCGCGAGUCACAAGCCGUCUCUUCCGAGUCAAGAUGGAAACAAAAUGAAAAAGAUGCUCCACCUCAUUUGAAGGACAUGAAAUACCAAAGAUCUUUUGCCAAGAAUAAUGUAGGUAAGAGCAUGUCUAAUGAACCCAGAACUGAUGUUUCACCAGGAAUCAAGAAGCUACCUAGGCACAUCUCAGAACAGCAGGACAGAGAACCCCAGGAAAUAUCUAGAAAGGAUCACUCCAGCUGGUCAGAGAGAGAGGAAGCUAAGGUACAAUCAGAAAGGCAGGACUCCCACAGGGUUUCCUGCUCCUACUGUGGGAAGACAUUUUUGACACAACACAGCAAACAGCUGCACCUGCGUGUGUGCACUGCAAAGCGAACUGCCAUGACCAAAGAUCAGCGGAAGCCAGAAGAGAAAGAAUCCAAAAAUUCAUUGGCAGAGGCUGAAGAUCUUCACAGGCAGUUUGAUGCUAUUGAUGCCUUCUUGGGGUCCUCCAAUCAACAGGAACAGAAGACAAGAAGUAAUGCAACACCUAUCUCAUCUGCUACACAUCAGUCUAUGUCUGGUAUUGGAGACUACCCAGGCUUCACCCAGGCCAAAGGGCCUGAUAUCUCUCCAUCUAUCCAGACAGUCUCUGAAAUCUCGAAGCUUUUGGAAGAUUUUCUUUCAGCUUUUGAGAGCGUUUCCAUCGACUUGAAGCUGUCAUCCCUCAUGUCAAACCUCAAGGUUAUUCCCCUGGAAUUAACUCUCAGCUGGCUGGAUUGGUAUGACAAGAUACAGCAGCAUAAAAUGGGAGGUUCCUACGCUGAAACGGAGAUUCACUGCUCACACUGCUCCAAAGUCUUCCACGGCCCUCAACCCCAAGUGGGUCGUAUUUACUUUGAGCAUCUGCUCCUGCACAAAGCCGAGAAGGAAGUGGCUCAACUGGCUCAGCCAGUCUCCAUUAAUGUUACUGCAGGAGGAGAAUUAACACCCAUGAAGUUGGAAAACUCUCGAGCAAAUUCACAAGAUACAGAGUUUCGUACAGCGCAACGAGAUUCCACUGCGCAGUUCUCUAGAUCAGCAUUUCCAAAACAGGUGCAAUCUAAGCCUCCAUAUCCAGGUAACCGGGUCUAUGAGUAUGGCCAUUCGUGGCAGUCUCGAAAUGACCAGGGUUACAAGGACAGCCAAUGGUCUUCUACCAGGAGUAAGCCAUUUGUGCAGGGUCCAUUCUAUCCGUCAGCCUCUGUUCGAAAUCCUACAGCCGCCGUUGAAUACACGGAUUCCACUCGCACGCAAAGUAAAUAUGGUCUGGAUCCCUCAUCCAAGGAAUCGACUGCCCGAUAUGAUUCCUCGCGUUCCUUUCCAGCUCUUAAAUAUGCUGCACCAUCUUCUAGUUCAUUCUCUGGUCACCCAGGUCGUGACCGUCAUCCUGAUUUUGCUCCCCGAGGUGUCCCAGUUGGCGUGUCUAAGCAGGAGUUUCCAUCGUCUGCUGUCCACAAAGGAUCAUCUCUUCCAGCUAACUCUCGCGGUGCCUUGCUUCAUGAUUCCCCUCGUCCUCAAUAUGGUUCCAACCUAUAUCCCAAGUUUGAAUCAUCGUAUCCAAACCCUCCAUGCCCACAAUACAACCAGACCCCAUCAUCCAAGUUUGAAUCUUCAUAUCCAGGCAUCUCAGCCCCCCAAUACGACCGAAGACCUGACCCGAUGCCGUUAUCUUAUCCCAACCCCCCGCAAUAUAAGCCAAUCCCUUCUCCCAAGCGUGAUUCACCAUAUCCAAACCAUUCACGUCCUCAGUAUAACCUCACCCAAUCUGCCAAGUUUGAAUCGCCCCAUCCCGAUCCUUCACGGCCCCAAUACAACCCAACGCCGCUUUCCAGGAUUGAUUCAACAUAUAAUGAUCUCUCACGUCCCCAAUACAGUCAAGCACCAUCUGCGAAGUUCGAGUCAUCGCUUCGUGGUCCCUCUCGUCCGCAGUACAGGCCAACUCCAGUUGCUGCAUCAGAGUCGUUCAAUCGCAAUCUUUCUCGACCCCAGUGCGGCCCGAUCCGUUAUCCAUAUUCCAACCCCUACCCUGAAAAAGAAAUGUUUCCGAAGUUGUUUCCCGAGAAGCAACAGGUCCCCUCUGCUGCUUAUUCAUUUGGACGCGAGCUGCAUCGACCUCAAGAAACGUCGGCUUUGCGUCAUCAGCAGUGGAUCCAUGAAGAACGACAGGCUCUGCUCUCUGUCAGGGAACGUCAAAGCAAUCUCGGCAACACAAACCAGAAUUUGUUUCAGCACCGUUCACAAGCUUUUCAAGCUCCGUCUUUCCGGGAAAAGAUGUAUCCAGAGGACGAUGCAUAUGAUCCCAGCAAUCCCCUCCCUGAUUAGACAUGUAUAGGUUGUUCCAGGCGAAUUACUGCCGCAAUCUGCUUUCAGAGUAUGAAUUCAAUAAGUUCGUCAUGUUCCUUUGUGCAGUUUCUCUCGCUAUCUGCUAUAUCAAGGGCCUGAGCAAGAGGGAAUGUCUCCAUGGGACUCUCAUGGGUGUAUGUAACAGGUGAUUACAUUCAUUUGAACUAUUCAGAUGAUUUUAGGAUGUUGGAUAUGAUGGGCCAUUCUUGGGGAUUCCUUUCUGGGAUUGGUCUGACCUAAUGGUCAGAAUCUGAUGUGGACACGUGAAGAUAUUUCUAUUGUUCUGUUGUUUGUUUCCUUUUAUUUUCAAUAAAACACACUGGGGCACAUACCUUGGACUUCAA